AUUCCUUCCGCUUUGGACCUUGAGCGUAUUGCAUCUGCAUGGUUAUAGGAAAGAUGCCAUUCAACGCGCGAGCGUUCUCACGAGCGCACCAGCGACUGGUCAAUUCAGCACCUGACCGAAAUGCCGAACCCAACAAUGAGGAGCUCACUGAAAACGAACGUUCCGCUCACGAGAAGAGAUUUCUCAUACCGUUCACGUCAAAGAUUCACAGCGGGAGAACGGUUUUCGACAAAGUGGUCACAACCCAGCAUGAUCAUGCAAGUUCUACCACGAGGAGGAAAAGAAAGCGCUCCCACAAGGACGAUUUCAUCAAAAACUUACCCGACGACGAUGAGCGAGAAGAAAGAUGGAAGCUUCAGCCAUUUGAGGAAGGUGACCUACCCCCGCGUCCUGGCCCAGGCCUCUUGACAUAUAAGGAUGGGACCAUGGUACUCGUUCAUGAGUGGCUCGGCAAAGAGAGGGAUGAAAUGAUAGAACUGCUCCACAACCCUGAACGCUGCCAAAAGAUCGCGUCCCUGCCCCAUCUGGACCCACACUGUAGGCUGCACCCAUGGCAGCAGACAGGCGCAUGGAAAAGCUUCGUCUCGUGUCAAGGGCCUAUGAGAGGUGUCAUGAACGUCAGUAAGAUGGGCACUGGAAAGACUCGGGAGACAUUGGUCAUGCUUGAGUAUGCAAGGACUGUCGCCAAAGUCCCUGGAAGCUUCGACCUUGUGCUCACGCCACGGAGCUGCAUCGGUCAAUGGGUGCAGGAAGUCGAGCAGACAUUUGCUCCGGGCAAACGGCCACGCGUUUUCGUCCUAAGGAACCCUCGAACCACCGCAGGUGACCUCCUUAGGUUCGACGCGGAUAUUGUCAUCACAACCUACCAUUUUCUGUUCAAGCAGGCGUGGAGAUUGAAGAAAUACCUCAAUUACAUACGCCUCAUCCAGGAAGUAGGAUCUGAAAAGGCCCUGCAAUUGGCAAAGGAGAAGCGGUGGCCCGCUGAGCGGCCAAUCCUCUCCCUGUAUUCUGCUAUUUUCAAAGGUAACCCUUUCCGCCACGUGGUCUGCGACGAAGCCCACAUGGUCAAGAACUCACACGGUAAACAUCACAAAGCUAUACGUGCUCUUUUCUACAAUGCUAUCGUCCUUAUUACUGGUACACCUUUUCCAAACAGGCUCUUUGACGGCUUCGCAUAUAUCGACCUGCUACCUAAUGAGCCCUUCCAUGGAGUGGAAGAUAUCGAACGUAUUUUUGGAAACGACGAAUUCCACACCGGUCUUGGAACUCUGCAACCUACCCGACUGGCGCGGUUCACGAAGUUCUUUAUGAGUUUCAGCUACGGCAACACCAAUGAGCAGCUUAAACUUCCGCCGUGCAAGCAGGAACAGGUUCUCUUCACUCUAAACGAAGAAAUUGAGGUUCGGGUUGCCUUCUACGUGCAGAGAAUCGUAGAUAUGAUCUCCCGUGCGGAACGAAGCCUUUCUAGCAUUGGUCAGGAAGGCGAACACUCCGAGAUCAUGCAGAUGAUCUCCAAGGCCAGAUCUCUCGCUUUCGUGGACAGCUUCGUAACGGAGGAGACCCCUGAAAGAAUUGGAAUGAUGAAGCAGACGAUGCAACGACUGCGCAAAAUACACCGUGAACAGCUGAAAAAGACGCCUGAAGAGAGCUCAGAGGACCUGCCAGAGUGGGCGCACAUAGGAAAGGAGCUCUUGCAACGCAUGGAAGCUUCCGAACCAGUAAGCCAUCAUGAGCUCCUUGCCUUCACGGAGUCGUAUAUGGAUUGGGCAAAAGACAAGGACGUGAUCUCGGAAAGGAAACAGUUCGUAGAGGAAUUGCAACGGAAGGGGAUUGAAAUUCCUAAAGUAGCACGAAUGAAAAAAAAAAAGAACACCACCUCCUCGAGAAAGCGGCUCAAUGCAAACACGGACGACGACGGGUCGGAUGUCGAGGAUGAAGCAGAGGAGGAAAUCGCGCAGAUGGAUAUGUCCGAGGUAUUGCUGCGAGAUGAAGUCAGGGACGAGCCAAAAUCGGGAAAGAAGAGCAGCAAGGAAGCUGAAAAAAGAGCCACCUUCAAGAAGGAGCUAGCAGCAAGCGACCUCAACGACUUGGUAUCGGAGCGAGUCGCAGCGGUCAUCCAAAAGUUCAAUGAGAUUCGAGCCGCUCAUCCCGAGGAUAAAAUCAUUAUCUGGUCGACCUCUGUGAAGUUCUUGGACGUUUUGGCGGAAGUGCUCUCGCGGGACGAAUCUGGUAGGGCCGGAGUGAACUGCUACCAGUUUGAUGGCAAGCUCGAUGAUAUAGAACGGAGCGUGACCUUGAAAGACUUCAAGGAGGCACCACCAAGUCGACCGCUCCUCACAUCUACUGGUGCCGGCGGCAAUGGACUGAAUCUCACUUGUGCGAACCAGGUGAUACUGUGUGAGCCCCUUUGGAACGCACAGGACGAGCAACAGGUCAUUGACCGUUGUCACCGGCAACCUCAAGCAAAGACGGUAUACGUUUAUCGAAUUUUUGGGGCGAAUUCGGCCAUUGAUAUCAUGACGGAGAAGGCGAAAAGGAGGAAAUGGGCGCAGAUCAAGCCGGUCAUGGAGCAGCUCCGCAGGAGCGAGGGGGUGAAGUUGCGGAUUCCAAAAAUAGCUAAAUGGUACUGUUCGUUGAGGGACCUAAGCCUGGAUGAGUAGGGCCUAGUUCCGCCAGACACUUCUUCUCGAAUGAGCGGCUUUACAGUUAGCGGAGGACAAUGAAGGGG